AUGGGCGUUUGGCUGAGGGCAUGCACCGACGGCAGCUUCUACGGCGGGCCUGGAUGGCUUAUUGUGAUGGGGUUCUGUCGCGAGUGGAGGAGGUGGAGGCCAGAAGGAGGCUCUGGGCCGAAGAGCCCUGCGGUGGUGGAAGGCUCGUAUCAAUCUAAGGUAUAUCACUUCCGAGUUGUUCUGGAUUGCUCGAUCGGCGGUGGAGAUUCGCGUGGCUGCGAGGAGCAUCCAAGCUUGGCGAUCGGCUUUGGCGAGAAGCCUCCAAGCAACCAAGUACCACCGAGCGUCCAAGAUCAAGGUGGGCCCUUAUAG